ACUCCUCGUGGCAUUGGUACGACGACGGUGACGAGCACAAGUGAGUCGAGUAGCGCGACAGCGUCCAGGGAGUCCGAGCUGACGUUAUAUAUGCAUGCCGCAGCCACCACGACGCUGCAGGCAGUGACAGCCUCGACCACCAUCACCACCACUACCACCGAGACCACGUCGACUACAGUGACUGCGGAUACUGCGCAGACCGCAGUCGCACCCCCGCCCCCACAAGGGCAAGAUGCUACAUUCCUGCGCAUCGAAGGCUCCACAGAGACCAUAUUUGAAGGCUUUGUCAAUUCCAAGGCCAAGACUUUCAACUUUCCCGCUGGUCCCUUGGUUUGCGACAGUCGCGUCGGCGCUGGUGGCUCGGUCAUCACCGCAAUCGCCGAUCUAGGGUUGCCUGUGCGGGUGACGCCCACUUACAACGCCGAGGGUGUGAUCUUGGGACGCGUCAAAAAUGACGAGGCGGGACAAGGUCCAUACGAAUGGGUGAGUGGUGCCAAAGCAGUAUGGAUGCCAUGGCUGACGCGCGCAUGCUAACAGCUCCACUCUCCCAUAUGCUGAUCCUGCAGCGAGGCGUGCGGCGCUUGAUAGGUUCGGCGUCGUAUGCCACUUGCAGCGCACCCCUGGCUCCGCCGAGCGCCAAUACGCAGGCGGAAGACUCUCUCGCGUGAGUUCACGGCAUGCCCCCCUCCUCCCCACCUUUCGCAUCGCUGGCAUUGAUGCGCGGCCUAAGGCA